AAAAAGCAAGCCCGACCCCAGAGGGCGACACUCCGGAACUGCAUGUAAAGACUUUCUGCCUGGAGCUUCCCGGACGAAAUUAGAUGUUGUACCUAGUUUGGUUACCCAGGAAACAGAUGUCGCGGUUUGGGAACCGAGUUGAAGAGGCUUGAAAGACCUCUCUCACCAUCAACCAGCAUGACAUCGUCCAAGGCUUUGGUCACCCAACUUAACCAAUUCUGGAACCUUCUCGACGAUCUUGCUGAAAGUGACCCUGAGCGUUACAAUAAAUUCAUCCAGCAGGAGCUGAGGGAGGGACAGCAGCUGUUUUCCAGCCCAGAACCACAAUUCUGUCUACAAACCAGGAUUCUAAAACCAAAAGAAAAAUCGCUUUUUAUCAAUCUGUGUCAGUGGAAACGGAUCCCAGCUCCCCAAUCAACCACUCAUCCAGUACCACUAAGUCUUGGCAGGCCAGAAGAUGUCUUUGAAACACCAGAUGCCUACACAGUCAUCGAUGUUGCCUGCAACCCUGAUGUUCUCCAGGCAGCAGGAAAAGACCACAUGAAGAAAGACGAGUUAAUAAAGAUGACCAUGCAGUGCAUUGAGGAGCGACUCCAGGUCACACUCUCACACUCAUACCACAUUGCCAAAUUUAGAAUAAAAGGAAGCAUUCAACGAAUGAAACAAAAUUUGAUGGGUAUCCAAACUGAUUCAAAAGAUUUAAGAGAGAAAAAAAGAAUGGGACAAAAUCUUGCCCAGAUAAGAAGCAGUACUGGGAGCAAUCCAGAUCACUUUCCCCAACUCUUACUGCCAAAAACACAAGUUUCAGGCAAAACAGGAUGUCUGAUAGAAGAGAUUUCUAGUACCGAAAUCCAGGAGGCAAUGACAGUACCAGCCUACGAAUUAAAGAUUGUGAAAGAUGAGAAUGAGAAGCCUCUGAAGAUUGAAGUGAAAGUUGAAUUACCUGGUAUUAAUUCGGUCUCUCUCUGUGACCUUAGUGUUUCUGAGGAUGAUCUGUUGAUUGAGGUCUCUGAGAAGUACAGACUGCAUCUGAAUCUUCCAGAAUCUGUUGAUACUGAGACAACUACAGCAACGUUUAUCAAAGGGAAAUCCAGAUUAAUUAUCACCAUGCCACUGGCAUAAAACAAACACAUCUGUCUUUUGGAUUUUCACUAACAUCAUGUGAAUUAUAUGAAUCUCAUAAUGGGUAGAGAUGUAGUGGUUUUAAAAAAAUUUUU